UUAGGGCCACCCGCUGAAGCCUCCUCCUCAUCACCCUGUGAAGUCACUCGUCACUGCUCUUGUGCGUCUUGUAGUUAUUUCCUUCCCUCGCUUCUCAACCCAUCAAUCUUCGUCAUUGUCGUCGUCGUCGUCGUCUUCUUCUUCUUCUAAUUCUUCUUCCUCCUCACCAACAUGGCUGUGACCCACCUGUUCCUUUCUUGCCGUCUGCAUUCUCUGCCCUCUGCUGGCGUCACCGUCCCCACUCCCCUCCUCUCCUUCCCUCGUCGUCUGUCUCCCCCAUGCCCCCCCUCUCUCCAGCCUCCCCAUCCUUCUUUGGUGCUUCUCUGUCAAUCCCGUCUUCCUUCCCCUUAUUUCCGCUCUUCUAAACAUGAUAACUUUAUUGCGGGUAACGUAGCUUCGGACGAUCAGAUUCAAGGGGACGGCUCCAGCCCUCAGCCUCCUGUUCCCGACCCUAAGCAGGAAUGGCCUAUUUUGGAGCAAUGGAAUGUGCCAUGGGAUGGAACUACAACAUUAGUGGGAAUGCUAUCCUGGCUCUUCAGUUUUUUAUUGACCGGAUUAGCUGUUUCUGUUGGAGCUGCGCAACUUGGCAUAGGACGGCGGGAGGUCUUAGACCUGGAUGAGCAGGCUACUUUCAUACUCAUUCACCAGCUAGCCGAAACCAUUGCAGGGCUUGGAGCCAUUUCGUUAGUGCUACGCCGAUACAAACCUCUUCCUCCACAAUUUUUUUCUUAUGGCUUUAGUAACCCGUUCGAUUUACGUCGAGGUUGGGUCCUUUAUGGAGGAUUGGGUAUAGUCGCGGCUACAGCCUCUGUAGUUGCAGCUAGCACGUUGGUUGUGAACCUUACAGGCCAACCGCCGCCUCGAGAGGAAGCAGAUGCACUCUUACAGUUACUACCUAUCAUUGGUGCUUCACCGACCAGCACAGCAUCGUUGAUCAUUGUAACUGGUGUGCUGGCACCGCUGCUUGAGGAGACAGUUUUUCGAGGAUUUUUAAUGACGUCUUUAACCAAGUGGGUUUCCACACCUGUGGCUAUUGCUGUCAGCGCGUGUGCAUUUGCAGGGGCUCAUUUGACUCCAGGAGAAUUCCCUCAACUUGUAGCUCUUGGAAUUGUGUUGGGGUUGGCUUAUGCACAAACGCGAACUUUGAUCACUCCUAUGCUUAUACACUCACUAUGGAACUCGGGAGUGAUUAUACUUCUCACGAUCUUACGGCUUCAAGGCUAUGAUAUCAAGGAGCUCCUUUGAUUUCAACGACCUCGUACUCAUCAUGGCCUUGCAGUGUAAUUUCUGCAACUAAUUUCUGCAUCCACUCCCUGGUGUUGCCCAGCUUCCACAUCAGGUAUGAGUGUAGAGUAGAUAGUUCCACAAGUUUAGCACAUGACAACAUUUCAAGUUACAAUUGGCUGUGACAUUCAAAUUUACAACUCAUUCUGAACUAUUUGCAUUUCCAUUUUAGCCUAAGAGUUAAGCUAGGGUACUUAGGUGAGCUUGCGAAACACUUAAUUACCUUGCAGCUUGGUACAUGUUCUUCAAACUUGGAUGCUGUUUUCAAUGAUGACGAAACGAAUCUCUUAGUUCAUUCACUUAGAUAGUGUUGGUCGUAAGAAAAAUAAGCGCAUUGGAAGGCAGUGUACAACUAUUUUUAAACAUUUGUUACUUAUGAGGUA